GACCGCGUGCGGCGUACUGCCACAACACCCCCGCCGAAGCUCGGGUGGGAAGAUCGCCGCAGGAGGCUCCGCGUCCUUCGGGGGACUGCAUUUCCCAAGAAGCUCCACGCCCCGCUAGGCGCAGCUAACGACUUCGGCGAGGACGGGACCCAAGAGGCUGGAAAGGAGUACCCCGGAGCCGAGCCGCGCGCAUUCAACUCGUGGCUGGGCCAGAUGCCGUUUCGGCCCACCAGACCAGCCAUGGCUUUCCCUUUUCGCCUUUCACCGACCGGGGUAGGGUAGAGAAAUAGGAAAAAACGAGUUUAGAAGCUGAUCUCAGCUCGCGGGCAUUAGGUGGGCGCUGCUACCUCCUGAUUGGCCAACUCUGGGAAUUCUCCUCGUUCAUUGGCUAUCCGUCAGGAAGAAGGCGGACUCAAUGGGUGAAGGGCUUUUGGGGGCGUGUAGUUCGAGUGCUUCUUGCGGCGCAAGCACUGUGUGGUUUCCCGGCGAGCCUCGCGCGAACUUCCGGCGCAAGAACCUGGAGACGGAACUAAGAACCCCUGGACAGUUGUGGGCGGAGUACCUGUCCAGAUGCCCACCCGGCUGCCACAGGGGAUCCCUCUGGGAGACUGAAGGGCAGGCUCCCAGGCCCAGGUUGAGGCCAGCCAGUCCUGAGCUUUAGACCAGAGGAAUGGCAGCACCCCCAGAGCCUCAGGAUGAGGCCCCUGGGGAGGGAGAGGGGCUGCUGAUUGUCAAGGUGGAAGAUUCCUCCUGGGAGCAGGACUCUGCCCAGCAAGAAGAUAGCAGGGAUUCUGAGGCCUGUCGCCAGCGCUUUCGGCACUUUUGCUAUAGGGAUGUGGGCGGGCCCCAUGAGGCCUUCAGCCAGCUCUGGGAGCUCUGCUGCCGCUGGCUGCGGCCAGAGCUGCGCACCAAGGAGCAGAUCUUGGAGCUGCUGGUACUGGAGCAGUUCCUGAGCGUGCUGCCUGGAGGCGUCCAGGGCUGGGUCCGAGAUCGGUGUCCAGGGAGUGGAGAGGAGGCCGUUGCCUUGGUGGAGGUCCUGCAGAAGCAGCCAGUGAAAGCAUGGCCGCAGGAAGUGCCCUCAGAGGAGGUGGAACCCGAGGCUACAGUCCAGGGACCCCAGGCCAGGGGGCUUCGCAUGAAGGUGGGGGCGCGAAGCUGGCCUCCUGCACCUUGGGAGCAGCACAGCUGUGGUGGGUAUUUCUGUUCCAGAAAGCCUAGGGAUGCGUGUGCAUGUACACAUGUGAGAUCUCACUCCUGGCCGGGGCUGGCGUCUGUGAGCCUCUGUUCUUCUUCAGCCCAGCUUCCCGCUCUUAAAGAAGGGAGAACCAGAGAGACAGCCGACACCUGCUUUGCCUCUGAGGCCCACGGACCUGUGACAUUUGGAGACAUUCCCUUCUAUUUCUCCCGGGAAGAAUGGGGCUCUCUGGACCCUGCUCAGAGGGAACUCUUUUGGGACAUAAAGCGAGAGAACUCCCGGAAUGUUGCUCUGGCUCUGGUGCCAGAACCCAGUGGAACUGAAGAGGCCGCCCCCUCUCGGCUUGCAGGUUUGGGGCUCCGGAGCCACAGGGAGCAACCCGGGCUGGAGGAGUCAGUGAUGGCACCGGGGGGCCAGGCCGGAGACGGUGGCCGUGGCACCGGCCAUGGCGACGUGACUGCGUCCUGGAGCCCCAAGGAAGCCGAGGCUUGGGAGGGCGAGGCCCGGCCGGGGGCGCCCCUGGGCCGCGCGGUGGGGGCGCGCAGAGGGCGGCCGCCCGCGCGGCGGCGGCAGCUGCGGGACCUGGCGGCCGAGAAGCCGCACAGCUGCGGCCAAUGCGGCAAGCGCUUCCGCUGGGGCUCGGACCUGGCGCGCCACCAGCGCACACACACCGGCGAGAAGCCGCACAAAUGCCAGGCGUGCGAGAAGAGCUUCCGCAGCUCGUCGGACCUGCUGCGCCACCAGGGCGUGCACACGGGCCAGAAGCCCUUCUCCUGCUCCCAGUGCGGCAAGAGCUUCAGCCGCAGCGCCUACCUGGCCGACCACCAGCGCAUCCACACGGGGGAGAAGCCCUUCGGCUGCAGCGAGUGCGGCAAGAGCUUCUCACUGCGCUCCUACCUGCUGGACCACCGGCGCGUGCACACCGGUGAGCGGCCCUUCGGCUGCGGCGAGUGCGACAAGAGCUUCAAGCAGCGCGCCCACCUCAUCGCCCACCAGAGCCUGCACGCCAAGAUGGCCCAGCCUGUGGGUUGAGGGCUGGCGAGGGCCGGCGUGGGGCGGGUCUCCUGAGGGUGAAACAGGCACUGCAGCCCUCCUGGGCCUCCAUCUGGGCUGCCUGCCCUGCCCUAGGGCCUGCCCCCCCCCCCCCCCCCCCCCCCCGUACCUCAUGGCCAUUUCCCUUCUUCCUUCCUGGGGCCGCAGCACAUUCCUUGCCCGUGGCCUCUGCGUGGGAGACAGGCUGUGCCGUCAGGGAAGUGUGAGGACUGGGGCAGGGCCUGGGGUCCUCCGCACUGCCCUACCACCCCCCCCCCCCCAGCCUUGCUGGCCCGCGUGGCUCUUUGUUCCCUGCCCUGUGGGCUGAGUCUGUGGGCCUGGCCCUCUGCCCUUCUAAGCUGUGCCUUGCACUGGGUGUGGAGGACAGGCCAUGACCUGUGGGAUGCUGCUGGGCUCUGGGAGGGACAGCCUAUCCUGGGGAGGAUCGGGGUCUUGGGUAUGGCCACAGGGGGCUUUCCAGCCACAUCCCCUCCCAUUUCUAGGCCGUGACCGCUGGGUCCUGAAAGGAAACCGGCUGCCUCUGCUCUUAGCCUACUUGCCCCCAAGCGAGUCCCUGAGCGCACUCCCAGGCCAGUCUGGUGAGGGUGGUGGCAGCUCCAGGGAUGGGAGGCCCACACUGAAGACCAAGGACAGGGCUGCUGGAGGCUGGCUGUCCCCGGCGCCCCCCCCACCAGAGGUGUGGGGUUCGUGAUACUUAACACUAGCACUCUGUUAGCGCUCAGUCGCUGACUCCCUAAGCACUGCAUUCCAUGCUGCAGGCCACAGUGUCUGCAGAUAGGUGACAGCAGGGACCCACCACAGGCUCUCUGAAGGAGCUCGGCUCUGCUGGUCUCCAAAGGGCAGGCAGCAGAGGACAUUGAAUAAAUAAUGGAAUCUUU